AUGUGUCUUCCGUUCUUCAGACGAAAACGAGAUGAGAAGGAUGAUUACUACGCAAACAAUUACAAUACUGCUAAUAACGCCAACCAGGGAGCUGCGUACAUCCGACUUCUAGGCGCUGGUCAUCACUUCGUUGGAGACUGGGACCAGGGUGGUCAUAGUGUUGGGGGCGAAGGCGGAGGCGGGGAUGCCGGUGCAGGAUGCGACAGCUAUGGCUGUGAUAGUGGGGGCGGAGGAGAUAGUGGUGGAGGAGGUGGAGGAUGUUGA